AUGUCCGCCUCCUUCUCUGGCCUCGCCGCCGUCAGCGGCGACCCCCUCGGCAAACCCUCCGGCGCCAUGAACCUCUCCGAAUACCUCGACGGCCUCUCGCGGCUCUGCGAGUUCUUCCCGGAUUUCCGCGUCAUGCCUGUCAGCAUCAAUCCGGAGGCUACGUCGAGGAAGCGGGCGAGCUGUUUGUUGAGUAUGGAGUAUAGUGGGAUGGGGGAGGGGAUUGUGAGACCUUGUGUUGCAACGUUGGACUUUCGACUCGUGGAGGGGGAGGGCUGGGUUUGUACGAAGAUGGUUAGUUUUGAGGGGUUGUUGGGGGAUGGAUUUGAGUUUCCUGGUAUGGCGUGA